AUGAGCGAAAAGACGGAACUUGGCGAAGGCAGCGAGAAGGCUGAAGAGCCACCAACCGCUGUCUCCUUUUUUGAUCCCGCCUUGAAAUCGGUUCGAUACCAGGUAUUUCUCCAAUGGGCCCGUACAGUCCUCAUGCUUUGCGUUUUCGUCCUCUGCAUCCUUUCUCUAUUCUGGGCCGUUCAAUUUCGCGUACAAGAGAAUCUUCAUUCGUUAACGGUCUGGGUCGUCGACUUCGAUGGUUUGGUCGAUCCGUAUCGCGAAACGAAGCCGAUCGUGGGCCCGGCUGUGACGCACGUCGCAGAAAGCUUGGUCCAAAGCCCGAAAACUGGCCGGUUGGGUUACAUCAUUAAAUAUCCCUCGGAUUUUAACUAUGACCCUUGGGCUGUUCGACAGGGUGUGUACGAUGAACAUGCGUAUGCUGCCAUCAUCGUCAACGCCAACGCGACCACGCUUCUCCGCAAUGCUGUGACGAACGGAAAUACAUCGUACGAUCCCACUGGGGCCGCGCAGUUCAUCGUAAUUGCUGCCCGGGAUCAAACAACUUAUUCUAGUUAUAUUAUACCGGGGUUAAGCGCCUUCGCAAAUACGGUCCUGGCGGAAUUCGGGCCUCGUUGGGUACAAACCGUUGCUCAAGAGUCGCUCAAUAUCUCGCGUGUACCCCAAGCGAUAAAUCCGGCGAUUGGAUUCAACACACUGGACCUUCGGCCAUUCGGUCCGGCCGCUGCGACACCUUCUGUGACAAUUGGCUUGAUCUACCUGAUUAUCAUUGCCUUCUUCAACUUUCCAUUCCUGAUGCCAAUCCACGCACAAUUCCUGAAGGGCAAUCAUCCUCCGCUGAAGAUUCCCCACUGGCUCAUGUGGCGUGUCUGCUCCAAUAUCGCGGCCUACUUCUUCUUAUCUCUAUUCUACUCUUUUGUGUCGCUAGCUUUCCAGAUCCCGUUCAGCAACUCUCCGGCGCCGGAUACAGUUUCUGCCGCUAACCCCAAUGCCUACGGACAUGGAUCCUUUAUGGUCUUUUGGAUGCUCAACUGGGUGGGCAUGAGCGCUCUCGGAUUCCCUCUCGAGAACAUGGCUAUGGUUCUAGGAUUCCCCUGGAGCUCGCUGUUUCUCAUCUUCUGGGUCAUCAGUAACGUCGCCACGGGUUUCUAUGCGCUGGAUUUAGCCCCGGGAUUUUUCCGAUGGGGCUAUGCGUGGCCAUUGCAUCGCAUUGUCGAAGCGUUACGUACCAUCCUCUUCGGGAUCCAUUCCCGGAUCGGACUCGACUUCGGCAUUCUGUUUGCGUGGAUCGGCGUAUCCCUUAUCUUCUUUCCAUUUGCCACCUUUAUCAUGCAAUGGAAGAUGAAGCGAGGACUGUAA